UUUUGGCAACUUCUUCGAAUACUGAUCUUAAUCUCACCAUUCAAAGCUUCUACUAGUUUUUCUUUGAGACAACUUCCAAAGCAAAAUGAUUUUGAUGAAACAUAUUUGUUGACUUUAUGGAUGACCAAUACAACUACGAAGAAUAUCAUACAAGAAUACCUCAUUCUAUGUCCAGAACAAGACAUGUGUUUGGGGUCCAUGUUUAAGCGAGGCUAUCCUUUUUUUGACAAAUCAGCCUGCACACCAUGUGAAUGUGACGAUUCUUGUGUAAGACGAUCCACAUGUUGUCCCUCCAAGUUCUACAGACAGACAGACACUCCAGACUUUAUUGAAUACCAGAAGAAUAUAAGCAUUACCGAGAAAGAAACUCCAAUGUCUUGUUUUGAACCCUUAUGGAACCCAAAAGGAAUAAGAUCCAAAAGAUCAUAUUGGAUGAUAAAAACCUGUCCUAAUAAUAUUAAUUGUAUAUCACCACCCUCUAUAAACAUAUCGAGUUCGACCCCUGUGACGUCAUUGGCUACCAAUCAAACCUAUUGCACCAUUCAAUGUGCAUUGUGCAACCAUGAAGAAAUGUCCAGUCUAGUCGAAUGGGAAAAGAAAAAGUUCUGCAAUUUACGAUCUGCUCUCUUCGCAAAAGAAGACGUCAAUUCUCUAUAUCAAUCAGUCUUUUCCUUAAAUCCUUUAUGCAAUAUUGGAUUUUAUCCCUCAACCUUCUAUGAGGAUAAAGUCCAACCAUGUGUUAAGUAUACUCAUGAAGAUAAAUGCAACGAGUCAAAAACUGAAAAUAACGUUGUUAAUGCUUAUCUUAUAAAGGCUUGUCAAGAGUUUUAUCUGCCAUACAUUUUUUAUAAUAUCAUCUACAAAAACAUAUAUUGUGCCCUUUGCGAACACGACAUUACAAAUCUUCCGAUUCAGUACUUCUCUGGAAAAGAGUUGGGUAAAGAUUUUCUGCCGAAUCCCUUUUCCGCACUUAUUGAUUUUCAGCAGAUUCCAGAUGAACCCAUUAUAAAGAGCUUAGCGUGUGCGAAAAACCAAAUGUUGGACAAUCGAUUGAACAUGUGCAUGGAUAUUGAGUGUGAAGUGGAAUACAUUUAUCACAACCAAUCAUGCAGUCUUGUCCACCAAAUGGUUAACGAAAACAAUUACGAAAUAAAUCUAAUAGCUUUCGUCAAUAACAAUAAAAUACAUCCUACGAAUUUAUCUUCACAAAGCAUCCUUGAUGCAUUUCAAGUUUUCUUAAGACGUAAAAACUUAGAAAAAUAUCUUUGUAGAAUUUCAAUCUUGGGUUCAGUUGAUGUUCUUUACAUCGCUAUGGUUAUUGAACUUUCUAUAAGUAAGCUUCACAAUAUUGAUCAAAUGCUGAAAUACUUGUUAAAUAUUUUUUCAAGUUUCAAUCUGAAUGAUAUUCCUCAGUAUAUCCCAUUUAAUACCUUUAUCGAUAUUUCUUUUUCUCUCGUUGGUCAGAGCUUUCAUGUCUACGGAAGCAAUCUUUUUCACAAGGUAAUUGAAAAACGUUGCUACGUACAUCCGGGUAGUGGGAAAGAGAUGGUACUAUACAAUAGUUUAAAUGCGUUGAAUCAGAAACAUGAUGAGCGUAAAAAUUGUUUAAGGGGGCAAAUGAUGUCGAUAGUAGCUGAUUGGUAUCGUUGUCCCAAGGUGAAGAUAAGAACAUCAGAUGCAAGAAUGGAUAUAUCAAACUUCUCGGUAUGUUUAUUGGAUUAUGGUAAAUGUUUCGCGUCAAUCUAUUUUAAACAGUCCUUAGAUAAACGCAGUGUUUCGAUAUGCUUAGAACAGUACCUUCAAUCAAUUAAAGUUAUUAAAAGUAGUUUCAUCUCAUCUAAUGAUAGCCUGAUGUCAUAUUUCUCCCUAGUUUGUCUUUCCCUUUCAUCAUUAGGUUCAUUGGCAACAAUAACUGUUUUUCUUUUGAAAGGAUCAUGCAGUCGUAUUGCCGAUGUAAAUAUCAUAAUUCUUGCAACGUUCAUAAGUUUUGCAAAUAUAACAUACAUCUUAUCAAAGUUUUUUCUCUGGAGUCAGACAUUGUGCAUUGGGAUUGGUAUGUUGGUACAUUUCAACUGGCUAUCUGUCGUCUGCUGGAUGAGUUUAUGUUCUUUCCAAGUUUUUCAAGCAUUUACGUCUUUCCCCGUAUCGGAAUUUAAAGUUGUGCCAAAGGUUCUUUCAUGCUUGGUGGUGGACCUGAUUAUUUGUUUGUCACUAGUAGUUAUCAACGUUGCCGUAAGCUUUGUCAAAAGUAAUAGAGUAAAUUUCGGUUAUUCUGUACUUACCUGUUAUAUUGCUGACUCUGACAUGAUUCUCUUCACUUUUGCAUUGCCUGUGGGUGUGCUGAUCUGUAUUAAUAUGUUUAUGUUCGCUGUCACGGUGCUUAGAAUUUCUAAAAGAAUAGAUGUUCAAAAGUCACAAGAGGAACAUAAAAUGAGAGCAUAUUUCAGGCUGUCCACCAUUACUGGCGUCACUUGGCUGUUUGGAUUUUUAGCUCAAUUUACUGGACAUCAGCUGUUUGAUAUUCUUCAUACUGUUUUCAGUGGUGGCCAGGGUCUGAUUCUUUAUCUAGCUUUUGGACUAUCGUUAACUACAAAGCAAAUUAAUAGCAACCAUUCGAAAAAUUUAAAAAAAAACUCUCACUUAGCUUUAGCACCAAAAUGAAACCUGCUAGAGAAUUUAAUACAUACUUUAUCGAUGUAAUGACUACGGAAAAAGACUUGUUGUAUCUUUGUUGUCGUUUAACUUAAAUUUGCUUAACUUACUUUUGAAAUGUUUCUUCAACAAGAAGAUUACCAAUAUCAAUUUUUAUGAAAUAAACAUUGACAAAAAUAUCUAAUUCAAACAAAUAUUUAUUGAUAUAGAGAAUAAGUGCUAAUUACAAUGAAUUUAAAUAAUGUUAUCUAUCAUAUUAACGAGAGAAGAAAAAUACAUUUGUCAAAAAAAUAAUUUUAUUGUUGAUGUCGUUAUUUUCUUUUUGUGUUUUUUAAAUCUAUUUUAUUACAGGAAAAUGAAUGAUUUUAACUUUUGCGAAAAUAAAAUGUCUACAAGAAAUAGAUUCUUGUUUUAAAAAAUUGCGAAAAAGUCAUCAUUGUUAGGUUCCUGACAUUUUAUAAAAUUUAACCAUGAAACGUCUAUUCAUCCCUGUCUAUUCAGACACUGUAAUAAUUAUGAAAAUGCACGUAGAUACUUAUAUUCUAUAUAUGUCUAUACUAAAAGUAGUCAAAUACUCAGUGAGUAGGUUUUUAUAUAAUUUCACAAAUUUUGAAAUAUGAUUUAAAGCCAUGAACUAUUAUACAGUAAAGAUUUGAAAGGCAACCAUAUAACUGGACAUUGAACAGUUCCUUCUAUUUUUAUACAGAGUUCCUCUUCUCACCCAAAAUACGUUUACCUUUAUUUCUCCUCAAAAAUCUUGGAAUCAAAACUUAAUGCUUGAUUUUGAUUUUAAGUAUAUAAACUAUACAUGUCCCACCCUCUUCUAUUUUCCAAUUAUUGUUUUUGAAGAUCGUUUAUGUAAGGCCUAGACUGUUUAUUUGACCCUCCCAGGGACUAAAAGAAAAGAUAGCAUAAGACAGGGAAUAACUUAACUCAUUCCAAGACUAAUCUCACAUUAAUCUUAAAUAGUACUUCGUUUCAAAUAGUUAAAAUAUUAAAUGAAAUUAUCUUUGAUCUUAAAACAAGACUCUAAUUUAAAUUUCAAAAUCUUAAGAAACAUUUUUAUCAAUUUUUAAGAAUUUCUCAAACGAAUGAAGAUGAUAUUGUUGAUAUUGCUUCCAAGAAAUCAGCUAAGAUUAUAUGUUUAUCUCGUAUAGGACAAAAAAGAUUCAAGGUCAAGAGAUUAAGAUUGCAUUCACUUUAUAUGAGUAUUUAUAAAAUCGAUAUAUGUAUAACAACGACUGUGUUAUUCCAUGCAUUGUUUUUAUACGACAUAUUUAGACUCCUGUGGUUUUUCUAACAUCUGGAUAGAACAAUGCACUACAAUAUCUACUAUUAAGUGUUAGGAACGCCUCAAGUGCUUUAUGUAGAUAGUCUUUAAAACAUAAUAAUACUUAAUUUUAUGAUGACACUUUAACAUUUUUGGCAUUACAUGCUGAUAGUUUUACAUCACGUACUAAAAGUUUUAUACUUCAACAUAAAUGUUGAUACUUCAACAUUACAUGCUGAUACUUCAACAUUUUAUGCUGAUACUUUAAUAUACAUUAUAUUAAUAUUGUUAUAUAUAAUAUGUUUAUAUAAUAGAAUAUUCUGGACUUUUCUAAAAUGGUCAAUUAUUCUUUCUAGAAUAUUCUUGAGUGUCCAGGUAAUUCAUGUACCGUAACUUCUUGUGCAUAUAAUUUCUCGAAUUUGCUAGAUUUAUAUUUUAAUAUAAAUAACCUGUAAACAGUGCUCAUAACGGAUACUCUCACUGGACUUUUGUUCGAAGACAUUAAACUGAGAACAUUUAUCUUCUUACUGGGACAUUGUGAUUUGAUCCCUUCCGCAGAUUGUAACGGACACUCUUUAGUUAGGAUUAUUAGUGUAAGUUGUGUG